AUGAUAGAUGAUACUGUAGAGAGAAUAAGGAAUAAGAACCAUCGAUUGAUGGAUGAAUUGAAGAGCAUGAUUCAAGAUAAUAAACUAACGCCUAUUGAUAUGAAUAUGUUUAGUUCUGAUGAUAAUGAAAAAUUCAAGAUACGUGAGGAAGUUGAAAAGAACAAGGUUCGUGAGGAAGUUGAUAAGAGUAAGGUCGAAAACGAUAAGUCAGGGGUGACAUUGAGUUCGACUAGGAUUCCUAGAUUGACCAGAAGUCCAAGAAACAAAGGAUCGAAUCAACUGUCACCUGUGGUGAAGGAAGAAACGUCAAUUAAAUCAUCACAACCAAAGCCCAAUCCUAUACGAACUUCACCAACACGAUCACCAAUACGACCUUCAAAGGAUAAGAUACAAGAGAAAGAACCAUUCAAAGAACCAAAGACAGUUAAAUUCCCAAGUUUAUCUUAUGAACCUACAUUUACUCAACCUUCUAGUCUUUUACUUCAAAAAAUCAAUAAUCAAGACAAGGAAAUAGAAAAUUUGAAAGCAUUAGUUAAACAACUAAAGAACGAAAACAAUCUGUUGAAACAAGAUAAUUAUCAAUAUCAAUCACAUAAUAAUAAGCUCAUCAAGCAAUCUAAUGGGGAUAUCGAAAGGUUGAAGGAAUCAUAUGAAAAACAAUUAAAACAAAAAGAUCUUCAAACAAAUGAACUUAAGAACGAGAUAGAAAAUUCUAAUCUUUUAAUCAAUCAGUAUAAAUUAAUGGACAGGAAUAAGGACAAUAAAAUGAUUGCUUUAAAGGAGAUCAUAACCAGUAUUAACAUACAAAUUAAUGAGAAAAGUGUAAUUAUAAACGAUCAACAAUUUGAAAUUGAAGAUUUAAAGAAUUAUAACAAAUUAGUUAAAAGAUUAAUUCAAUCUGUAAUUGAAAAGUUUAAUAAGAAUUUAGAUAAAAUUAGUGAAAUUAUUGACAAUAACUAUAUCGAAAAGGGAUUAUUAGGCAAUUUAAGUUCACCUCAAAGUUUGAAAUUUAAUUACGAUGAAGAUGACACCUCAGACUUACUUUAUAACAACACAACAAAACAAUUAAUUAAAACUUCAAUAAGUCCUUCAUUAGAUAAAUUAUUUUUGAAUAAUGAUCUUGUAAAGACUCCAUUAGUGAAAUUUAAAAUUGCUGCAAAAUUUGUAUUGUUUUUAGUUAAGUUAAAAAAAUCUAGACGUCAUUAA